AUCACCUACUCGCUCGUACCGGCCAUCAGGCGCAACGGGAAUAAUGCAGCUUCUCCAGCAUGUUAUUGCUGGCAAACCCAAUGCUUCACCAGGAUCGAUGGCGACGGCUCUAUUCCGUGACACGCGUUACGUGAUAUACGGCUGUGGCGCAAAAAUCAUUGUUUUUCGGUCCGAUUUCACCUUUCUUCAAUCUCUUUCGCAUCCCGAUGAUGGCGAUUUGGAAGUCAGUUGCGUCGCCAUGUCUGGCACAAGCGGCCUGAUCAUCGCUGGUUAUCGCGAUCAAAUUGUCCUGUAUCUGCCUCAUGAAAUCGCUCCCAAGAAAUUCACCUGGGAAUACUCCGAGACGCUCCAAGCCAAUUUUCUUCUCCGUUAUCUGGCCUUCCAUCCGAUGGGAUCGUUCCUCGCUGCCGGAAACUACCUGGUGCUGUACACGCAAAGGCCAGAUCGAAGUCACCUUUCCGAUAUCUCUGCGCCGAAUCCAGACUCGGCUGGCUCGGAUCGUUGGAAAGCGGCAUGGUCGACAAGCUUGGCAAAUGACGUCCACAAAGCCGAGUUUUCUCCAGACGGGCAUUUUAUUAGCACUUUCUCGAUGUACGAUCGGGUAGUCAAGAUUUGGUAUUCCAAAGAAACAAGCGGAGCUGAUUCUGAAGACGUCGAUUUCGAUUUUACCUAUCUUUUGCAUCCCCGGUCUGUCGUCAGCACCGAGUGGCGAUAUAGAGAUGCCAAGUAUACUAGGGUUCCUGCGGACAACGUCCUUAUGACCCUUUCGCUGGACAAUAUCUGCCGACUCUGGAGUCAGACGACACAGCAGUUUCCCUUUGUCUUCCAUAUGGCCGCACUGAUCAAUCCACGAUCAUUUCCUGGCUCGAAUGAGGACCUAACAACGGCUGAUGAGGGGCUCAGUCCCGUUCAUUGGAUUCAUAGCGAAGCUAUCAAUGAAGCUCUCGCUUUGCGCGAGAUGGAGGAAAGCAAGUAUCGAAAGAAAAAGAAUGCCAAAGGAACCACAAAUGAGCGCCGAAGUAGAAGAGUGAAAGAAAAGCUCAAAGACUAUCCAGACAUGCUCUUUCGAAUCGAGCCGACCGGAUCUAUGAUCGUGUGGGGUGUCCAGCAUCUGACCAGCAAGCCCAGGUGCAUACCCAAAGUUCUAGUCAUCAUGCGCGCCGAAGACUCGUUGAUCCGAUCUGAUUACGAAUUCUUCCUCGGAAACGUCUUUGUUUUUUGCAACAGGCCUGCGAUACAACAUUCGUCCAUAUACUUCCCCGCCGAGCUGCUUUUCCUCGGCCAAGCAGUUGACGGAAGCGUCAACGCAUAUAUUAUGUCGCUGGAUGAGUUCCUUGGAACUUCAAUCGGCAAUACCUAUCUUCGCUUAACGUAUUCGUGGUGUGGGCAUCGAGCGAGCGUCAGACGUGUCACUCGUCAUCCAAACAUGCCCUUUGUGUCGACAACAGGACGAGAUGGUGAGCUCAUCAUUUUCGAGACGACGAAUCCCAAGAUCGGAGCACGUACAACCUCGGGGCUGGAUGCGCUUGGUGGCCGGACCGGGGCCUUUUCAGAGCAUCCUCUCCAAGCAUGGAUACCUGGAGUGCCUCUCCUCAUUGCAUACGAGAAAAGUGAACUGAGCAUCGUUCACGUACAAGCUGGAAGGGUGAUUCAAAGCACCGCAGUUGUGGACAGCUGGAUCCCGGACUUGGCGAUGAUCCAUCUUUAUCAUGAUGGUGGCGAGGAUGUCGCCUCGGUGGAGUCCUUGGUCCAAGCCCGAUAUUACCUCAUUGGCGUGGCCAGAGAUACAACGGUUUAUGUCUGGACCAUAGAGCUUGGGCCAACAACGAAAGUAGCCACGACAUUAGUGGCGGCAAAUCGUCUUGAACUUUCGUCGGCGUUGAAAUACGUUGUCGCCACCGACAGUCUGUCCACGGUCUAUGGCCCCGUUGCCCCUCUCGGACCCCACUUAUUCAUGACUGUAUGCGAAGGCGAUGAUGCGACGCUUUGGCAUAUCAAUGGUGGUUCCUUUCAAAGCAUUGCGAAGAACUCCUCGUGGGUGCCUGUGUCAAGAUUUAAGCUGGAAGCCGAAGGAGUCCUGGGGAUCUAUCCGCAUACUUUUGGCAAGCUGGCUAUUCAUCGUCAAGUCAUAGGUGGCUCAAGGGUUGAGGUGUGGUGCAACAAUAUAUCGAGCCUCUCUUACCGAAAGGAAUGGGAACUUACGACACGGGAUGAUAUUGUUGGUCUGGAUUGGUAUUUCACCUCCGAUGGACAGCAUCUUCUACUCUGCGGCCACCCCGACCGAGUUGAGAUAUAUGGCCAGCAGCGAAGGAGAGCCAACGAAAAUUUGCCAAGCUGGUCGACUAUAAGCAACUUCACGGCGCUGGGAACCGAGAUUGUUGCCUGGCUGGGCAACGGGUCCAUUCUUGUGGGAAAGAAAGACCAUAUUGACAUUUAUGACAAGUGGUUUGAAGAUCAGUCCGAUACAAGCUCCCCAUACAACAUAUUUGUUGGAGCCAGUCGACUUAAUGGCUCACUCCCAGAGCAUCAUCCGCUUGUUUUGAUCCAGAAUUUGAUUUGGGGUCACUAUGAUCUUGUCAAGUAUCAGCUGUCGUUUCUUCAUCGCUUCGUUCAGUUGUUAUUCCAAUCCAAUCGAACCAUAAUCGAUGUGCCCGUGCCGUUAUGGAAACUUUUUGAAGACGAGGCAUCCCCGGCAGCAAGCAUUCAGCAUUAUGAUUCGCUAUUCGCGGCCGAGGAUGGUCAAAGGGAUCAAACAGUCGUCGGCGAAUUUACAUCCUCCCAGGCGACCUUUCUUUCCGAGCAGCUUACAUAUGUAUCCCUUCCGCGAAUCACCAACGUCGACCAAAUGCUGCUCGUUGCCCUCAUUGAUACGUUUUCUCAGAUCGAGGCUCAGAAGCGCUCUCUCGACGAAAAUGGCGGCCGAUUCCUGCUCUUCAUGAAGUUGUGGCUAUUUUCGCAAAAGUCGUUCCCUCCUGCAAUGAGGUCAAUGGAGCUAUCGUCCAGGGAUGUGGCCUGGGCCUAUUUCAGUGAGAGUCAGGAUCUACUCAUCGAGAGCUGUAAUGCUGCACUUGGCUCAAAGUUGAAUUGGAAAGAUGCUCGGGCUUUCGGCAUGGGCUACUGGAUCAAGAAUCUGGAGAGUCUGCGCCGUGUCAUCGAAUCGAUUGCCCGCAACCAGUACAUGGCAAACGAUGACAAGAACCCGGUUGACUGUUCCUUGUUUUACAUCGCUAUGAGGAAGAAGAAUGUUCUCUUGGGGCUGUGGAAGUUGGCAAAUGCCCAUCCAGAGCAGGCCUCAAUGCUUCGCUUCCUGGCAAAUGAUUUUGCCGAGGAGCGAUGGAAAAAAGCAGCUAUCAAGAAUGCGUUUGCCUUGUUGGGCAAGCAACGUUACGAAUACGCUGUGGCGUUUUUUCUUCUUGGAGACAGUCCAAAGGAUGCCGUCAACGUUUGUUUCAAACACCUCAAUGACCCCCAACUGGCAUUAGUGAUAUGUAGACUAUUUGAAGGCGAUGAAAGCUCACUCUUGUUGGACGUUGUGACAACAACGCUGAUCCCCGAGGCUUUGCGGAGAGGCGAUCGUUGGCUUGCUUCUGUUGCCUAUUCCAUUAUAAAGAAGCGCUCAGAAAGCUUGUUGGUUACCCUGAUGCCGAUGGACACAUUCAUCCCCGACAGAGAACCCGAUAGCGUCCACGCGCCAGUUGAUCCGGAGCUACUUGUCCUAUUUUACCACUUGAAGGGGUAUUACAAGUCCUUACGCAUUGCUCUCCCGCAAACGCCUCCAGCACGAGAGGCCGAGUUCAUAUGCCAGUGCGCUGAAGCUUAUAUCGAAAUGGGAUGCCCGCUCUUGGCCCUUCAAAUCAUGAAGCGUUUGGAGCCGCUGCGCGAAGAGCAACUUCGACAAGACGCAUCAAAAUCCCUUGAGUGUGCAGACAAGGGUCACGAUAUCGGUACUACUGAAGCUACAGGCGUCAUGAACUGGAGGGAUCAUGGCCCUGGAGGCACCGCGACAGCUACUACCACUGGCGCAGGUCCUCCAACAGCCAGCGAAAUCCAUGAAAGUAUUGACUGGAGCCAACCAGUCGCCACCCAAACUUCUGCAUCACUCGAUUGGAACCAGCUCGGCGGAGCGCAACGCGCCGAUCAGUUCGACUGGGGUGCGCCCGUUUCCAAUCAGGAUGACGGAUUCGACUGGGGUCAGCCUAUAGGCUCGACAUUUCCCUCGGCUCUUGGAACAGGAGCCAGUAUGUUCGAUGAGUACAAAAGUACACUUGAUCACGACGACGAUAGCAACAACGACGACGGCAUUGAUACUGUGUCGCGGGAGAUGGUCGGCGACGAUGGAGGCAAAAGCCAAGCUGCGAGUGCCUUGGAGGAUGUUAACCAUGCGCUCGGCCAUGUCAGCGGCGAGCAGAGGCUUCAAUACGAACUUGAGUGUCGGAAUAUCAUGGUUCACCAAUGGAUGCUCGCGAUGAGGUCGAUUCAGGCGGUCUACCAAUCGACAACAGUCGUCUCGCUAAAUAUGGACGUCCUGCAAGUCGAAGAAGCCUUCCGAGAUUACUUUGAGCGACUGAGGGGCAGUAUUUGCCGCCUUUCGAGCCAGGUCUCGAUUCCAAUAACGUUGAUCGAACAGAUGCUGGAUAUGCGUUGCAAGGAAAUGGACUCGGUAAUCACAUAUUCCGAGUUUCUUCCACUUCAGGAAACCAGCACCGAGUACGCGACCAAAUACGUGAAGUUUGUUGAGGACCAGUGCAACGUCCUCUCACGCAUCGUGUUUGGGCCUCCAUUGAAGCUUGAAGAUAGUGGACACGGAACCGAGUAUCACAUUUGGCUGGCAAAGCGUUUGCUGUGGUCGAUCGUUCGAUGGCAAGACAAAGCACAGAAUGGGUCGUGUACCAAGUCACUUCAUACAGUCAUCAUGGGCGCCUCAUGUACAGCUUUCCUGGCGAUUAUCAUCUCUCGCUUGAAACAGAAAAGCUAUCGAAAAAUCAGGUGGCUGCUCUCGCUCUGUGACGGAUUUUUCGAGAUUCUGCUCGGAAAGAAUAUGUCCGAUCUUUGGCGGAUUAUCGAAUCGAUCGUCCGUGAUGACGAAAUUGAUGUGCCAGCAAUUGUUACCGAGGAGGCUGCUGCCGAUGAUAAUCGCGAAACCUUUGACGAGCACCAAGAUGAGACUGCUGCUGUGUCGGAAGAAACUCGAAUGACAGCCGAGCUUCUGGUCCAAACUUUGAGAGUAUGAUAUUCCUCUCCGAUGCUGUCCUCAAACGCCUCUCCCGGCAACUUUACCAACUGCAAGUGACGAUGGCAGCCGAAUGGAGGCAGCACGAAAUGCCGUUGGAGAAAGUCCAUUUGGCUCUAUCAGAACCAGACGUGAAGGAGCUCUGGAAUUUCCUCGGGAAUCUCGUCAACAUCAAU